AUGUUUGCAGUAUAUUUUCAUGGUCAGUAUAGAGGUUCUGAUGGUCUAAUAGACAAAUUUGAUGAAAUGAGAAUCUUUACAAUUCGUUCAGACGAAAACCUUGAGAAAACUCUAAAUGACUUUCAAACUCAAAUGAACAAAUAUUAUUGGGAAUUUCAAGAAAAAUACGACUCUUUACUAAAUGGAACAUACUAUCUGAAACUAGAAUAUGACAAGAUGAACUCCACCGUUUCAUUUCAAAAGAUUGAAAUUAACCCUCCAAGAGAUACAGAGUUUUUAUUUUGGGAGGUAGACAAACGUUCUUGGGCACAAUUUCUUCGGUUACUAAACCAGAACGAACCAUUACCACCAGAUGGUCCAUUUAAAUUUAUACUUCCACCAGCAGAUUUGACAGUUUAUAGAAACGUGUUUGACCCUCAAAAUGUCAUGUGUCAUGCAAGUUUCAGUUCAAGCAACAAUAGUUUUCUUUGUAUUGGUAAGGACUUUUAUGACUUUGCUUCUAAAUUCUACGAACCACCUAGUAACAGUUUCUCUGACUUUCAAGUUUGGUUCACAACAAAUGGUGUGCAACAUAUUAUUCCAUUGUACUAUGACUUUUAUCUCGAAUUGUCUUUCAUAUAUAACUACGGAAAAGUGCUGAAAAAGUAUUGA